UAAAAGUCCUAAUUGUCAACAACAGAUGUGUCCCUCUAUGUAAGCCUUUCUCAGAGGAACAGACAGUAAGACGAGCUGGUCUGACCAUCUAACCGUUAGCGAUCUGCCAGACCGCAGCUGACCACACUGCGUAAUAACUCUGAGACUCAUUCAGGUUUUCUUUGCUGAGGAAGUACAGUCCUAUGCUGGAGUAUAUGUUUGAACUGAAAGAAGAUUCUGUUAAGAACAUGGAGGGAUCCAUUUUUAUCCUCCUCCUAUGGUGUCAUCUCCAAGGCGUCGGAGGCCAGAGCUGGACCGUGUUUCUGCCCCAGAGUGUGAAGGGUCUGCAGGGUUCCUGUGUGAGGAUUCCCUGCAGUUUCACGCUGGAGUGGGGCUGGGAUACUUACCUGGACCAUACAUGUAAAGCCCAAUGGUUUAAGGAUUUUAGGCGAGACCCAGUGUUUGACUCCAGCCUCGAAGGAUAUCAAAACCUCUACCAGGGAGAGCUGGUGGGGAAUCUCCUGAACAGAAACUGCACAACCAUCUUCCACAACCUCCCCGUCUUCAAAUCCGAGCUUUUCUUCAGAAUUGAUUGUAGAGACAGACUCAAAUACAACUACGCUACUGGCGUUGUGGUCGAUGUUAAAGAUGUGUGGAAUCCGGUCUUGAAUCCAAAAGGCCGAAUGGAGGCUGUUGAAGGCAGGCCAGUCAUGCUUUCCUGCUCUGCUCAGAUCCUCUGUCCGUACCGACCCACGCUGUCAUGGACGCCAAGCCUUGGAGACACCCAGGAGACAGUGGAAGAUGAGCUUGUGACCUCUGUGCUGACCUUCAAUGCCUCCGCACUUCACCAUCGACAGAGGAUCACCUGCUCCUCCCUCUACAAGCGCAACACAGGACUAAGCGACGCCACCUUCAAACAAUAUUUGACCAUCAACGUUUUGUACCCUCCGGACAACGUAUCGGUGGAGUGGCCGUCCAGCCCGGUGCUGGAGGGAAGCUAUGUGCGUCUGAGGUGCAAAGGCUCCGCCAACCCCACAGUGGACCUCUACGCCUGGUACCGCUCCCGACUGAACCCAGGAACCGAUCAGGGGCCCUCUGAGCGGCACGCUGAGGGGCCCCUGGGUUUCAGUCGGUCCAUCAACGUGUCGGUCUCUGCAGACGCUCAGUACUUCUGUGAAGUGGGGAACCUUUACGGAGCGAAGAACACCAGCCUGACCCAGAUGGUCGUCCACUAUCCUCCUAGAGAGGUGGAGCUGAGGGCGGAGCCGCAGGGCGGGGUGCAGGAAGGACGGGGCUUCACGCUGAGCUGCUCCGGCCGGGCCUGGCCCUCCUCAAACUACACCUGGUACCUGGCCUCAGCAGGGGCCCCCGGGGUCAGGGUCCCUCUCCCGGACCACGGGGCCAACCUCACGGUGGAGCGGGCAGAGCGACGCCACGGCGGACGCUACUACUGCCUCGCCGGAAACUACCUCGGAGCGAAAGAGUCGGACCCCGUCCACCUGGACAUCCUCUAUCCUCCUAGAGAGGUGGAACCCAUCCACUUUGCUGCUGAGAUCCUAAACUCCUCCCACUGUGUGAGGCUCCCCUCUGGGGUCCUCUGCUCCUGUGAGAGCCAGGGGAACCCCGUGCCAACGCUGACCUGGACAUUGGAUGGAGAGGCCGUCGAUCACUCUGCACACCGUCCCAUCAGGGAAUAUAAAUCAGGCAACCUGGGAGUCAUGAGUGUCAUCAGCUUGCCCCAAUCAGACAAAGACCCGCCCACUGUCAUGUGUCUCAGCAACAACUCGGGCGACAACCGCUUGGAUUUAAACUUGGCUUUCUUUAAAAGCGAACCUGAUUGGGCAGCCUUCCACACCAUCUCUCUGCUGAUUGGCUUGACAGCAGGCUCUUUGGUGAUGAUGCUGCUCUGCACUCUGUUCCAUAUGACACUCAGCAGAAAGAAGAGAGACCAGCUAUCAGAAAAUACAAACCACAGGAACCCUUCUGAACUUGCCUUGGCGCUGGUCGAGGAAGCAGAGGUGGUUUACGGGAACAAUGCGGUUCUGGACGCAGUAGGAGGAAAAGAGGAAGAGCUCCAGUACGUUGACCUGAGCUUCAUCUUGCUUCAGGCCCUGACGGCCGCGAACCCCGGAGUGGACUUAAUCAGAGGAAUGGACUCCAAGACAGAUGAGUACGCUGAGAUCCGUCCGCACCCCACAGGAAGUGGCGAAGGAGAGCCACAGGAAGAGGAAGUGUAUGCUGAGUGUGUUUCUUACGGCCAGACGAGCGCCGGAGAGGAGGUCAUGGCUGAGGGUUCGCUUAUAGCCGCAAAGGACUCUGAGACGGAGUCGUAACGGGACAUUGCAGAAGACUUCAACCCAAAUCUUCACAUCAGCGAAAUGUGUCUUUCGAAAAUAUCAGAAAUCCCCGCCCCUAUAAUGCUCAUUGAGAUGCCUCAAGAAUGCUUUGUGAAAUUAUUUGUACAGAAUAAUGGAUAAAUAAUAUGUCUUUGUAUCAUUAAUCAAAUAAUUAAUUUCAUCUUUCUUAUAUAGAAUUUGUACAUCUUUGAAAGAUGAUAGACACAAUAAUUGUUUUAUAUCACUUCUUUAUUUAUAACCGUAGCCUGUAUUUGUGUAUGUUAUAUAAUUAGUCAGUUACAUUGCGAUUCUUGCAGCAUAAUGGUACAAUUCCACUGUUUCACUCAUAAAGGUAUGCAAUGCUAGCGCCAGUAAAAGACUGUUUGUGUAA